AUGUCCUUUACCUCAGAACAGAUUAAUUCGGAAAAGAACGUCCUGAUGCUAGACUCCCAACUUCACACGGAAUUCGGUCAAUUCAGACUUAUUUUUGAAGCAACCGGAGUUGCUCACCAAUAUCGAAUUAAGACCUUUCCAGAUACCGCCACAGGGCCAAUACGAAAUUUACCUAAAAAUCGGCUUGUCAAGUUCAGAGUUCACAAAGGAAGUUGGGAACUUCCAGAUCCUAAACUUCUCGAAAUCCACGCUUGUAUUGGAAACUUUCUACAUAUGAGUGGCCAGGCGGAGAUAAUCGACAAGGUCCUGAAAGAUUUUGAAGACUGUGGUGGGCUUGCCCCGAGUGGAAGCACCAACAUCGAAGACCUUCUUGCAGUGAGCGGCCUCUCACUACUACCCUCGAAUGCCAACGAAACGCCCGAUUCCCAAAAGUCUGCAGAGCAGCAACGUCCUCCGGAGAAGCAAGAUACAGUGAGCGGCCUCUCACUGCUGCCCCCGAAUGUCGAUAAAACGUCCGAUUCCCAAAAGUCCACAGAGAAGCAACGUCCUACAGAGAAUCAAGGACGCCUACAGGCGAAAUUUUCUGACACUGAGAAUAAGCCAUGGACAUACUAA